AUGGACCCACUCUCGGCCACGUCCAAGGCCGCCGGCUGGAGCCUCCCCGAGUUCAGCCUCGAGGCCCGCCGACCCCGAACCUCUGCAACCACUCCAGCCCUGUGGUCCGGCCCUCGCCCCGUCCCGACCCUGUACCGCCCGCCCGACGAGGAGAAAGGCCGCGCCUUCCGCUCCAGGACCGAGUCGGCCUCGUCAUCGACCCUGUUUGGCCCACCCGACCCCGACCACAACAAGCUCGACCCGGUCGUUCAACCUCUCGCCGACGCCCUCGGCGCCGCCCUGUUCUCCAACGACGCAGACGACGACGACCUCCUCGACCAGUUCCUCUCCGACCGAGGCGCCGCGCGCGACCAGGACGACUCGGGCUUUGUCGAGCAGGAGCCGCCGAGCUGGUCUCCGAGGUUCGUCCCGGCGCCCGUCCUCUCGUCGAGCAACGCGUGGACCGUCGCCAUCGGCAAAGCCGUCGAGAACGCCGACGGCAACAUCCAGCUCAGCGGCCAGAAGCUCCGCGAUGUGCCCAACGCCGUGUGGGAGCUGUCGACCCUGCGCUCCUUUACGCCCUCGAGCCCGUCGUCCCGGUCCUUCGCCCGCACCCAGUCGGUCCCGGCCUCCAAGCUCCCCUCGUCGCCCGCCCGCCGCAUCUUUGGCCGCACGGCGACCGUCGCGUUCGGCUCGCCCGGCGGUUCGGCGUCACUCGCCGCCGCAGGCGCCGUGCCCGUCGUCCUCAUGCUCUCGGGCAACGAGCUGACGGCGGGCGCCCUGUCGAACGCCCUGUGGUCGAUCCCCAACCUCCAGGUCCUGUCGCUCCGCAACAACCUCCUCGACACGCUCCCCGAGGGCGUCGGGCGCCUCGCCGGCCUGCGCGAGCUUUCCCUCGCCGGCAACCAGCUCCAGUUCCUCCCCGCCGAGAUCCUCGAGCUCGACAACCUCACAAACCUCACCCUCCACCCCAAUCCAUGGCUGCGCCCGCCGCCGGCACCGCCCGUCGCCCCGAGCACACACAGCGACGGCAAGGCGCCGAGUGCCGCACGAGCACGCCGGCGCAAGCGCGUCCUCGGCCCGCUCGUGACGCACUGCGUCGUGCCGUCCCUCGUCGAGACGUGCACGCGCAUCCUCCUGUCCGACGCGACGCCGUCCCCGGCCCCGCCUAUCUCGCUCUCGGCCUCGACCUCGUCGUCGUCGACCGCCGUGCGCCACAUCCAGAACGUGCGCGGCGGCGUCGAGUUUGUCCGCGCCUUCCUCGACCAGCGCAACCUGUUCGCGCCGUUCCACUCGACCUUCUACCCGCCCUCGUCCCUCGCCGCCAGCUCCUCGUCCUCCUCCUCGUCCCUCUCUCCCGCCACCUCGUUCUUCCCUCGCUCCCGCCAAUCGUCCGGCGCCGCCGCCGCGCCGCCGACGACGCAGCCGUUCGACCCGGCGUCGCACCAGUGCCGCUCUCCCGCGCACCCGCACGACGCGCGCGUAUUUUUCCGCCCCGCCGUCGAGCGGCUCGAGUGGGUGUCCGAGGCGCGCCUGAGAGGCCGGGCGGCGGCCGUGCAGGGCGAGGGGGACGACGGCGAGGGGGAGGUGAGGGACGUGCCCGUGCGGUGGCGAGGCUGCGGGGCGAGGUGCCUCGACUGGCUCGAGCUCGACGAGGAGGACGACGUCUGCGAGGAGCGCGGCGAGCGGCAGGAGGAGCUUGCGUGAAGGAGCCAGGGCUUUUCCCUCAUUUCGACUUUCUUCCUCUCCCCCGACCCUCCCUCUCGAGGCUCUACUCUGCGCAGCCAGCCCUGCAGCCUGUCGAGCACUCGACUCGACCGUGGCGCGGCAAUGACUAGACGCGCUUUCCUCUCUC